CUCAUGUAGCUAAUGCUGCAGAUUUCCAUUCAACAAUUUCUCUCUCUCCCUCCCUCCAUUUCUUUUCUACUAAUUCUCAAUUCCGCAAUCAUCCUCCGUCUUUCGAGUCAAGGCGACCCACCGCCCAGACCUUGGAACCCUUCCAGGCUUACCACUAACUUACUCCAGUUCGUCAACCCAACAAAGUUGCCGGCACCUCCUCCGAAUGGCCUACGCGUGAUGAUGGUCCCAUAACAAGGGUCGCUCUUCCUCUACCCCCGAACACAUUCGCUUACCCCUGGAUUCAAAUCCAAUGGCAAUACUGUGUGCAUUUCCUGAGACCCACAUUUGCCCAACGGCCCUGACCCUCGACCUGCACCUUUUCUCCAAUUCUCGACCGCGCCGGCUAUAUUCUUCGCGUAGAUAUCUGACCCUCAUGCCUAUUUCUCGUCAGUAUCUUCGCCGAGCUGCUAGCCUCAAACGCGUUCGCGACAUUCCUCUUCUCACCCAUCAGCUAUGGGCUUGAAAGUGUUUCCACUUUCCGUAUCCGCCUCGCUUUGCUUCGGCGAGACCACCACUUUGGAGCGAAAGAGGUGAUUAUUGACUCAAGCGUUGUCCAUAGGAAAUCACUAUUGCCGUUGUUGGCGAUCAAGCUCGAUGCAAGACUUCGGCCCCUCCGCUUGAUUCAUUUAUCAGCGUCAACCCCGUUAUAGCCCUGUCGUUCGCUUCUUCCUCCCUCCCUCGCUUCUCCUUGCUGGACUACUGGUUCGCCGUGACUGGACCUAUUUGAUAUGGCAACCAGAUUCCUUGUCUUCAUUGUAAUUUUAUGCUUCGUGCAAACCAUCUUCGCUCAGACACUCUCACUUUCUCAAUGCGCGAUUCAAUGUACCACACAGGUUACAACACAGUCAUCCUCCUGUCCAGACGGUCUACAAUGCUUUUGUGCCGACCAACCCCUCUUUCAACUCGGAAUAGACUGCUGGAAAGAAAAUUGUACAAUUCGUGAAGGCCUCGUGGCGCGAAACAUCACAUCGCUCCAAUGCAAUAUUCCUGAUCGCGACAGAGGCCAGGCUGGAACCGCAAUCACUUUCGCGUCCAUGAGUGUUGCUCUGGUUUUUGUCGCCAUGCAGAUCAUAGUCUUCACAACCAUGAGACACUGGGGUUGGGAUGACAUCUUGAUGGUUAUCGCAACAGUCUUGAUGGUACUUAACGCAGCGGCCAAUCCAGUUGCACGCACAUACGGCUUCGGGAGGGACGUCUGGAGGCUCCCCUUCAACCACACCUCGACAGUCAUGAAGAUUUUCUACAUUGGAGGAAUCAUCUACGCCGUCGCCGUCGCCAUGACCAAAAUGGCCUUUCUCUGUUUCUAUAUCCGCUUGUUUCCCAGAUCCACCCUUCAAAAAUGGGCAUAUCCGAUCCUCGUCAUUACCUUCAUCCAAGGGACCAUUUUCACCUUUUUAUUCAUUUUCCAAUGCAGUCCCAUCUCUUACGCAUGGACAUCAUGGGAUGGAGAAUCCGAGGGGAAGUGCCUGAAUUUCGAUGUCGGCGCCGUCUUGCACUCCAUCUUCAACAUUGUCUUGGAUUUUAUCAUCUUCUUCUUGCCAAUGAGACAGAUGUUCCAACUGAACCUGUCCCAGAAGAAGAGGGUUCAAGUCCUGCUCAUGUUUGCAGUCGGGUUUUUGUAAGUUCUGCUGGACUUUGGAGGCACAGUGACCCUGUGAAUGUAACAAAGCAAGGAUCUAGCUGACCACACCAUUGUCUAGUGUGACGGUAGUUAGUAUCCUCCGGCUCAUCAGCCUCAUCCAACUCGAUGGCAGUACAAAUCCGCCAUGUAAGUUGACGACUAACCUCCAACCAACUCCCCCAUCCCCCUCUGAUCUGUCCAUUCACCUACAUCGUCCCAGAACUAACAUCCAACCCUCGACAACAGACGACUACAUCCCUCUGGGUUACUGGAGCGAUUUGGAACUCAACAUCGGCAUCGCCUGCCUGUGUAUGCCAUCCGCACGCGUCAUUCUCCGGCGCUACUUCCCCAGCUGCCGAUUAGCCACCACAGCUCAUGAUACUCGAUCCGAUGAAUACGUUCGAGCAUCUCAAAUCCGAAAUGACAUCUCCAGCUCUGGAAUUUCCAAACUCCCACGCAGCGUGACACGUUCAGGCGUGGUCAAGGAUUCAAGUUCCGAUCAAGUCGAGCUGUUUUCUGUAAAUAGGCCUGAAGGACGAGUUAGCUGAAGACAAGGCGAGGGAAGAGUGCAUAGAGGGAGGUGGACUUUAUAUCUUAUCUACGGAGAAAUAUGGCCCCACCUGCCACGAGAAACGAGAUCAUGACGACAAUGACGAUAAAAAAGAGGAAGAGCAACCCUCGACUAGGUACUUUACCUAAGGAACGGAUCGGGCAGAUACCAGGAAAUGGGGUUUAUUGGUCUUUCAGCGUGUGUGUGACAACACUGGAGUUGAUAAGAAUGGUGGAUACCGCAAGGUGUGUAUAUAUGGGUAUAUGGAUGUAUGGUUGUCUGAAUAUUGCAACGUUGUCUGGGAGGACCUUGUUUGUUUUGAACAUUACUUAUCUGUGGUCUUGGGUACGGACAACGUGGGACCGCAAGUAACCGUGUUAUGUGAUAGCAAUAUGUGCAACUGUCUAUCCCAUAUGUAUCUAUGAAUCUAUCAAAUCUGAUCCAGAUGCAAUCAAAACUCCCAUAUAUACGA